AAAGUAACGAACUAUCGUAUUCAUUUAUAAUCCACCUCUUUAUUACUGGACUAAUCAAACAAAAAGCAACAUAAUCAGUCGGUGAGGAAACAGGUGAAAAUCAAUUGCUUAAUCAAUAUGUUAUGAUAUUCUAAGAGGACGUUUCAUUGUAUAUGGAAAAUGGAUGUUGCUGACCUUACAGAUGAAGACAAGAGAGAGAUCAAGACUGCAUAUGACUCGCAAGUGAAGAAUGGAUGUGCAGGUCUUUCACAAAAGCAGACAAAAACUGCUUUACUUAGACUGGGGAUCAAACCUUCUGCAUUUGACAUAGAAAAAUACUGGUUUGAUUUGGACAAAUCAGAGGACAGUUGUCUGACAUUACAAGAGUUUGAACAACUACGGUGUGUAAUCAACACAGACCCAGAGAGGGUGUUACGAUGGGCUUUCAACAAGUUUGAUACUAACAAUGAUGGCACUAUAGAUAAAGAUGAACUCAAGAAGUUACUGACAACAGUUUACGAGGAUACAGAAGGAGAGUGGGUAGAUGAUGAGUUUGUAAAUGAUUGUUUACUUCUAGCCGACGGCAACAAUGACGGGGUGCUUCAAAUAGAAGAGUUUGUGGAUAUGUUGUUGCAGAGGACGGCAGGGAAGACCUAAGACUGAUGUUGUUUCACUCCAUACAAACAUAACAUCCGCCAUUGACAUUUCAUUCUUCUAUCAAUUCUUGUAAUGGUAAUAAAAACCAUAAUAACAAAAAAUUCAUUGUCCUUUUUGUCUAAGCUUAACCCUUACUAUGCUAAAAUUCAAUAAUGGACUGGUCCAUCUUCCAUUUUGGGCAGUACCAUUUAUCAUCUGAAGGGGUGUUUACCGAAAAUUUACUGACUGAAUAGCGAACAGUGCAGACCAUGAUCAGACUGCACGGAUGUGCAGGCUGAUCUUGGUCUACACUGGUCACAAAGGCA